AUGUUGAAUUCCCCUCAUAUUUACGACGGAGUCACUGAUGCCACUCCUUUAACGGUGUCCAUUCCUCCCGGUGGUGAGGAAUCCAUGACUGAGGAGGAAGAAAGUUUUCCCACCGUGGAGAAGGUGGUUCCUGGAACCACUGGGGGUAAGAAUGGGGUAGGUAUUUUAGUUGACAGGGACCUUAGGGAGCUCGUGGUCGAGGUUAGGAGGGUAAAUGAUAGGUUGAUGAGUAUUAAGCUGGUAGUUGGUGGGUUUACUGUAAACGUGAUUAGUGCAUACGCUCCUCAGGUAAGUUUGGACCAGGAGGUCAAGAAGCAAUUCUGGGAGGAUUUGGACGAGAUGGUGCGUAGUAUCCCGCACACAGAGAAGUUUUUCAUUGGCGGAGAUUUCAAUGGUCAUAUUGGGGCUAGUGCUAGGGGUUAUGAUGAUGUGUAUGGUGGGUUCGAUUUUGGGGAUAGGAAUGGGGGAAGUAAUUCACUGUUGGAGUUCGCUAGAGCUUUUGAUUUGGUUAUAGCUAACUCGAGUUUUCCAAAGAGGGAAGAGCACCUGGUCACUUUCCGUAAUUGA